AUGACAAAAGCAACAAUUAACAAUCUAUUAAUUAUUAUGAAGGAGAGAAUCUAUUAAGCUUACCCUGCUUAAUUUAGAAUAGGUUAAAUCAAGAAGAACCGAAUGUAAAUAGAGAUCACUGAAUCUAAGCUAUAGGUUAUUAGAAAGAGAGUGCUUCUGUGA